CAGAGUGGGCGGUGCUUCACGUUGGCGGCUGUGUUUGCAACAGCACUAGAUUCUGCUCAAAUUCUAUCUCAAAUUUAACGGGGGGUUUUUUUUUGUAAUCAUUUGAAAUCGCACCAAAAUCUAGUUUUUGAUGACCUACGAAGAAAUUCAGCAUGCAAACCGGUCGCUCUGCUUGAACGCAUUUGAAGAUGGAGGAUAUGGAGGUGGAAGUAGCUCCAGUGUCCAGUGAGGCCAGUGUGAUUGUAGUCUCUGAGUCUGAAAGCAACACAGAGGAAGAGGAUGUUCCCAUGCAGGAUCAAGGCCCAUCUGAGCGACCCAGACUUUCAGCCCAUCGGGCGAUCAGGAGGAGACAUAUAAUUGGGACACAUUCGCAGCUCUCCACACGUGAAGAGAGGAUGCGCAGACUCCGGGAGCUCAUCGCAGAGAAUCUGGUAGAGCGGCUGAGUGGCUCCCAGGACACACAGCGCUCAGUUCCUCACACAGAUCCACCACCGCUGGCCCCUGAAACCAGCUCCAGCCGCACCGCUGCUGCGAAUGUGCAGACGUCUGAUGAAUCCAGCGCUGCAGGGUCCAGUGUUUCUACAGAGGCUGAAGGGACGAGAGCAGCCGCUCAUCCGGACGAGUCACAACAAGAGACUGAGCCUGUGUCUGAGUCGGAGGAUCCCGUCACCGCUGCUGCGAGUCCCGCAGGAAAGACCGAAGCAGAUGAUGCUGAGGGAGAGACCUGCUCCAUCUGCUUUGAGCCCUGGACCACGGCAGGUGACCACCGCUUGGCCGCUCUUCGCUGUGGUCACCUCUUCGGCUAUAUUUGUAUUUCCCGCUGGUUGACGAGUGGAGGAAAUAAAUGUCCACAGUGCAAUAAACCAGCCAAACGUGGUCAUAUCAUCUUUCUUUAUGCACGGAAACUGAAAGCCCUGGACAACGCAGAGGAAGUGCGACUGAAGAGUCGUUUAGAGCUGGAGCGGGGCUCGCGGAGAAUGGAGCAGCUGGAAGGCGCUCAGUGUCGUCAGCAGAUGCAGCUCGUGGCCGAUGAAAAUGUGCGACUGCGCAAAGAGGUCGAGGAGUUGAGGAGGUGGAGAGCUCAGGCGGCGUUCGGCUCCUCUCAGGGAGCGUCUCUCUCGUCGUCCCAGAGGCAGGACUCAUCCAGCGGGGGACAUUAUGUCUUCUCUAAGGCUGUGCUGGUGUCUCAGACGGGGGGCAGUAGGGUUCUGUCUUACUGUGAGCCUCUCGGCUGCCUGCUGGCGUCUCAGCCUUCUCCACAAGCAACCUUGGUGCCAGGCUUCGGUGUGAAGAAGAUCAGCACUGCGACUCUCAAGCCUAGUCAGUAUGUUCCCAUCCACUCCAAACAGAUCCGAGGUCUGGCCUUCAGCCGACACCAGGACAGCCUUCUGCUGUCUGCGGCCCUCGACAACACAAUCAAACUCACCAGUCUGAUGACGAACACGGUGGUUCAGGCCUACAACACGGGCAGACCCGUGUGGAGCUGCUGCUGGUGCCAUGACAACAACAACUACAUUUACGCCGGUCUCGCCAGCGGCUCUGUGCUGGUGUACGACACGCGGGACACCAGCACUCACAUUCAGGAGCUGGCGCCGCUGCGCUCCAGCUGUCCAGUGGUGUCUCUGUCCUACAUCCCGCGCGCCGCCUCCAGCAUGUUCCCGUGUGGCGGCCUGAUCGCAGGCACGCUGGAGGGCGGCUGUUUCUGGGAGCACAUGGAGGGAACCACAUACACGCCCCACAUCCUGCCUCUAGAGUCCGGCAACUGCACAGACAUGCAGGUGGAGCCGGACAGCAGACACUGCCUCGUCACGUACAGACCAGGUCGCGCAAACCCGUCACUGCGUUGUGUUUUAAUGGAGCUCAGCCGGACGCCUCAGACAGACAGCAGGCAGCCGCCCGUCUGCUCCUGCUCUCCAGUCCAGACCUUCACCGCGGGAUCCUCCUGCAAGCUACUCACCAAGAACGCCGUGUUCAAGAGUCCGGCCGGAGGAGGAGCCACGCUAGUGUGUGCUGGAGACGAGGCCACAAACUCCACCAUGGUCUGGGAUGCCGGCACUGGUGCUCUGCUUCAGAAGAUGCCUGCGGAUCUCCCCGUGUUGGACAUCUGUCCGUUUGAGGUCAGCCAGAGCAGCUUUGUGGCCUCUCUGACCGAGAAGAUGCUCAAGGUCUAUAAAUGGCAGUGAGGCUGAGAGUAACAUUCAAACAAAAAUCUGAAUAAGCCUUUCUCAUAAACCAAAUACUGGUGGACUGGGACGCCGGGUGACACUGUUGUCUUUUCACUGUGUGCUUUUUUCUGUGUUUUGUUUGUUUUAAAUCUAAAUCCUUUAUAUUAUCUUCUGUUCAUUAUAAAGAGUUUUCUGUUUUUGACCUUAAAAUCAGGGCUUUAUUAAUGUCUUAGAUAAGAGUGAUCAGUGUUUUCAUCGUAUAUAUGUAAGUGUUUUUUGUUUUUUUAAUAAAAGAAUAAAUGCCUACAUUGACGCAGUUUGUGAGAACCUUAAAAACAUCUAUAUAGGAGUGGCACAAUGAAAUCA